CACGUUUUUUGAGUGUAAUACCUCUAUUUUCUUAAAGAAAAUGUCAUUUACCAAUACAAGAUUUGCCAAAAUCAGCCCUAUCUUAGCAAGUACUAACCCCACCCACCCGCCCUCUUCUCAUUCUAACGACAAAUUUUAUUCCUGUACAGUAUAAGUUCCACCUUUCAUUCAGCGCAUUCAGGGUUAAUUAUUUCUUCUUCUAUAGAGUGGAAGUGGGAAAUAGUAGAACCUAGGCCUAGAUUUAUUUCUUAUUUCAGAAGAAAAACAAUGAGACUGGGUGUGGGGGUGCUUUAACUUUUUCCAAGAGAGUCUUUUGCAGGCAAGCAACGUAGGUUCAGUGCGAGUUGUACAAUUUUUAUAAUCUACUAAGCUUUCAUUAUUCAAACUUUAAAUUUUAUGAUCAAAUUCCGCAUUGUCUUACAAUUUUCAAGACGAAAGAAAAUAAUUUAUCGUUCUGUUCAAAGGCAUUUUAUUUAUACUGAUUUUAAACCUGUAGUAAAUUAACCAUAAACGACGCCAUUCACUAUAAAGUUGUUUUUGUUUGCAAAUAUAGAAAACAAUAAAAUUUUACCACUAUUUUGCACGUAGUUGACGCAGUUCAGCAAUCAAAAUAUCACUUUGUUUGAUGGGGAAUACCUUCACAUUAAACGUUCUGUUUUCCAAAAACUCAUAAAAAAAAAUAGUCACGUUCUGAGCGAAAUAAAGAUAAGCGUUAUUUUUUUAACCUAUUUAUACUAUAUGUGUCUAUAUAAAGACACACAAAUUAUAAGUAUUUGUAAAAGUGAAACAAUGAAGGGCACAACAUUCUCCUUUAUACUCUUUGCUGCAACAUGUGGUAACUUAGUUUAUUCAGACCAUGUAGUGCGAACUCGAAUGAUUGGUGGAGAACCUAUAGGCAGCCCUUUACCUUACAUAGCAGGCAUCAAACACCUCGUCAAAAACAUAUCCGUGAAAUUCUGUCUUGGAAGUGUUAUAGGUUCUAGAUGGAUUCUCUCUUCUGCACUCUGUCUUUUAACAACAGACCCCAAAAACGUUGUCGUGGACCUCGGAGUACGCAUUCAGUCUCCAAAUCCUUCUCCUAACCGCUAUCACACCUCCAAAAUAAUCAUCCACCCGAAUUUCAACAGCACCACUGGCAAGAACGACAUCGCCUUACUCCAAGUCUCCCAGUCCAUCAAGUUCACGGACUCUCUCUCUCCAGUUAAAUUAGGUCACUUCCGGAAGGAAAAAGUCACCGAAUUAACAGCCAUCGGCUGGAACGACGACGUCGACCAUGGACUAGGUCACGGCAAACCUGAAGGGUAUCAGUUAGCUCGCUUGAAGCUAACCAUCAUUUCCAUCGACGAGUGCCAGAAUAAAUUUCCAGAAUUGAAUGAUUUGGUAAGUCUGGAUGAAACCCAGAUUUGUGGCUAUGAUGGAGAGGGGAAGGAUAUGUGUGGGGUGGAUUAUGGAGGUCCGGCGAUUGACGAACAAAACAAGGAACAAGUUGGGGUGUUUAAUGACGUCAUAUUUUAUGCAAAUGGGCAUGGGCAUGAUUGUCAUCCGCAUCACAAUCAUCCGCUUGUGUUUACCAAGGUGGAGAUUUAUUUAUCGUGGAUUCGUGAAACUACUAAUCUCCAAUUGUAACUGAAAAAAUACCUUAUUUCAUACAAUUUGUCUUUGUUGAAGG